GGAGUAAACAUGCUUCUAAAGUUCAUGGUAGUCAAAAUCCAACGGCACAACAUCUUAGUUUACUUUGUAGAAUUGCAAUGAGACAUAAGAUCAACCGUUUUGAUUCUGGAACUUAUUAUGCUGAGGGUGACACUUCUUCUGAUUCCGAUACCAAUCUUGAUACUAAUACUGAACCCGAACCUAAAUCUCAGCCUAAGAAUUAUAAUCCUUUCGAUGCCCAAAUCGCAGAAAUAGAUUCGAUGUUAGCAGAAAUGUGA